GUAGGGAGUACAGUAAAUUUACCCCAAAUUCAAACAAUCAAAAGCACACCAUUCCUGAGAAGUGAGACCAAAUCAAAGAAGAUUUUCCAACUUCUUUUCUCUACUUUUUCAUUUGCUUUUGCUCGACUCUUGUCAUCGGCAGAAUCAAUAACCUGUAGAAAGCUUCUUUGCGGAGAUCCUUGUGCUCGGCUGACAAAAAUUGAAUCUGGGAACUUGGCAUUCAUCCAAGAGGGCUUACUCGAUCCAACUAUGUGAUCACUUUACGCAGUGGGCAUACUUAGUGUUUUUAAGUCAAAAUGGAGGAGCAUCAUAUGAUGUUGCAACUCCCUCCAUCUUCUCAUUGAACUGAAAAAAGAAUAGGUACAGCACUUGCAGAAAAGAAUAUGAUUUCCCGAGCAUUGGAUGCAGGGGAAAUGGCAAAAGAAUGAUUGGUAUUGGAUUUGGAUUAUGAUUCCAACUAGGAAAAAGAUUUGAGUUUUGAUCAAUUUUGUUAAGAGUUUGUGUUAAUAGUGUUGAAUAUGUUUGAAUUUUGCUCCUUGUGCAUGUGAUACUGCAACAGAACAGUAAAGACUAUGUGUGGAAGAAACAUCAUAGUAGUAGAUAGUUCGCAGUUAUGACACAUUUAGUGCCGUAGACAGAAAUAGAUACGGAGAUGCUACAUAAAAGACAUGGCAGAAUAGAAUUUGCCAAAUGCCUAUUGUGUUGUAUAUGAUGGUUUCUUGAUUAUUUAUGGUUGUGAAUUAGAUAACGAGUGGCCUUGUAUUAGAGUUUUGUAAGAUUGUAUGCACUUCUGAUCUAUCUUGAGGGCUCUUUAUAAAAAUCUAAGGCAUCCCAGUUCGGUCUGCUAAAACUGUAUUCCAUAUGCUAGAUUGAUGCAGAUUGUGUCUUAACAUGGAGGGCUUGGGAGAUGUAAAUGAGAUAAAUGUUAGAUGUUUAUCAGCAAGUUUUCCCCAGCUGUGGAGUCAAUGGCAACUGUUAGAUUCUAUACUUCCCACUGGGGGCUUUGCUCAUUCUUUUGGUCUCGAGGCAGCUAUGCAAGCUCGCCUGGUCACUACAACCGAUGAUCUAAAAACCUACGUGAUCCAUGUGUUGGAGAAUGCAGGAAGCCUGUUUCUACCUUUCAUCUGUGCCACAACAACCUCACCAGAUGCACAGACAUGGCGUAGGCUCGACAGAUUGUUGAACGCGAUGCUGACAAAUGAGGUCAGCCGGAAGGCGUCUACAGCUCAAGGAUCAGCGUUAAUGAGGGUAGCUGCUUCUGUUUUCUCUGAGAUCCCCUGCCUGAAAACAAUGAGAGGUGAAGCUCUGAGCAGUGGGGAGUUGUACUUCCACCACGCCCCCGUGUUUGGGCUUGUAUGCGGACUUCUUGGAUUUGAUGCUGAGACUACACAGAAAGCGUACAUGUUUGUGACCAUGAGAGAUAUCAUAUCUGCUGCGACGAGACUAAAUUUGGUCGGACCAUUGGGAGCUGCUGUGUUGCAACAUCAGGUUGCUCCGGUUGCUGAGAGCUUGUCGACCAAGUGGAUGAAUCGGGGCGUGGAUGAGGCGUGCCAGACGUGCCCGUUGCUUGAUACUGUGCAGGGCUGCCACAGCUACUUGUUUUCCAGACUGUUUUGCUCUUGAAUGGUGAAAAUGAAAGUAUUUUACAUUUUAAUUUA